CAUAUCAAACAAACAAACAAAAAUACACUGGACCCGUGCCUGUGGCCGCAAUUAGAAAUCGAUACAACUUAAACUCAUCCCAUAACAUUUGAAAAGAACUACAGGUCUAAUGACGACACGGAUUGAAGGCACACAAUGUUCAAGCCGAUAGAAAAAAUGUAAAAUAGCAGCCUACAGAAAGACGAAAGGAGAGUAAAAACACAGGACAUUUUAAGAGUAGCACGGAGCUUGAACCAGGUCUUCAAUGGACAGGGGAGAGAAUGCAGUGGUACGUAACACAGCUGCACAACUGGGCACCAGACAGAAUGAAGAUUUCAAUGAAGGCAGAGAGGAUAUUGCGGAAGUCCUAGCAGGUUCUGAAGAACACCAUAAUCAUAACAAUCAUCAUGAUGAACAUUUCCAUCGAGAGGAGCAUCAUAUCAACCAGAAGGUAUCGAAUCAUAACAAAAUUCUCACCUCCUUUAUAGCGGGUGGGUUUGCUGGUGCCAUAGCAAAAACGACAAUAGCGCCCUUGGAUAGAACCAAAAUCAACUUUCAGACCUCCAGUACAAUGAGAUUUUCAUUCAAGAAAGCCAUUCAGUUCCUCAUCAAGACCUACAAGUCUGAAGGAGUUCUUGCCCUUUGGAGAGGCAACUCUGCCACAAUGGUCAGAAUAGUCCCAUACGCUGCCAUUCAAUAUACCGCUCAUGAACAAUAUAAACUUCUACUGAACAAAGGGAAGAAACGAAAAAAUCUGCCACCAGUUUUAAGGGCAGUAGCUGGUUCCCUAGCAGGAGUAACAGCCACAACUUGCACAUAUCCUCUAGACUUUGCCAGGGCCAGGAUGGCAGUCACUCAUAAAGACAGAUAUAGAAGUCUGAUUGCUUGUUUCCGAAGUGUACUGAAGGAGGAAGGAUGGAGGAUUGUGAUGCGUGGAUACACACCCACAAUGUUUGGCUCAUGUAUAUACUCAGGAAUCAGUUUCUUCACAUACGAAACUUUAAAAAUUAUCCAUGCAGAAUAUACAAAGGGUGUUGACCCAACCCCAUUAGAACGCUGGUAUUGUGGGGCUGUAGCAGGCAUCUGCGGACAAUGCUCAUCAUAUCCAUUAGAUAUUGUCAGAAGAAGAUGCAAACUGCAGGUGUCACCGGUCAUUCUAAGGAUUACACUACAAUAUAUAGAACUGCAAAGACAGUAUAUAUACAUGAGGGCCUCAAAGGCGGAUUAUACAAAGGCCUGUCUAUGA